AUGAUUGGCAACUCGUAUAUCGGUACAUCCAAUUGCCAAGCCAAAUAUCCAGUUCAACGACCACCUGUCCCGUACGGGCAGCAGAAUGACACGUCCGAAGCCUUGUGGUUCGAGGACGGGUACAAGGACACUCCUGAUCACAGCGAAAAGAAACAGCGAUGGGUGAUCCACUAUUCGAAUGGCGAGGAGAGCGGACUUUUCCUGAUCUCCAGUGCUCUGGAUGGUAAAUGGCUGGGGCCAAGCGGCACCCUUCUACCAGCCAACUGCAGUGACCAGGCGGCUCAAGUUAAGAUCACGUUCCUCGGCAACGGUCAAGGCUACGCGUUAGAGUAUGCUACUGGAUCGAAUGAGGUCGGGUUAGGGGAAAAGUCAGGCUUCAAGGUGUGGAGUGUAACUUACCACAACUAG